AUGGUGCUGCCGACAAAAGCAGCAGCAGAGAAUUCAGCAACUACGAAGCCAGCAUUCGAAUCACCAUCAAAAUUUGUCUCAUCAUCCUCGAAAAAUACUCAGUGCCCACUUACCGUACACGAAAGCGAACACAUUCUUAGUGGCAAACGCUUUUCUAUCACCACCACCACCACUACUACCAUCUUUCCUUCGGCUAUAACCGGGUUCGUAGGCAACGUUGAGUUAGCGAAUAAAAUGGAAGAUGCAUCGCCACCGCAGAAAAAGAGCACUACACUCUCCGUUGACCGGGCAGCGUUCUUGUUGUUGCGCGUUAAAAAAGCAUUCAAGAAGAAACGUCAACAACGCAAGGAGAAACAGACACAAGCAGCAAAUGCCGCCUUGAUAUCGCAAGCACGCUCUGGUCGGAAAGUUCCACCCCCUCUGCUGCGCUCACGCACCCUGCCAGCGAUUAUUGUGCCCGGCAUUCCGGUCGUCUCGCUUAAUACGGACCGGCAAUUUGACGAGCGCUCUAGCGGUCUCUUAGAUACCAAAUCUGGCAGUGGCACCAGCACCGGCGGUGGCGGCACCAAUCGCUGGUCCCUACUUACCCGCCAAGCACCAACUACACUUGCUUACACCACCAAUAACAACAACAAUAUGGUGAAUAUAAAAUCGUUGAAUUUGCCAAAAGAUGACAUGGGCGUCUAUCGUCGCAAAUCAUCGGGCAGCACUAUGAGCCACACAGGCACUAGCGCUAGCGUUAGCGGCACACCGAUCGUGGGAUCACAAGUAGCCGAUGCGGCUUUACUGAUGCCAACCUGCGAGGAUUUCGAGUACCAGGCAGCCGAUGGAUCACUGUUGCUAAGAAUACCAGCGCCGCAUGUUGUGGCCGCACGCGCGUAUCGCUUGGCGGCGAAGAAACGCAGUACUGGUAGUGCCAUCCACGAAAGCCAACACAAACAACACCAACAGCAAGUGAGCAGCAAUACUGUUAGUGGUGAGGCAACGGGCAGCGGCACAACCAACACAGCGUUGACACGUCGUUUGGCUAAAUUGUUACAUCAGCCGAGUAUGUCCGCCUCAAGGCUAACAACAGCUGCGUCACCGCAUGGCGAUAAUGGUGUUGGCUCAGAUGGUAGGGGCAGCUGCAUGGACGAAGCACCACGUCGACUUUCGUGGGAGAGGCGAAAGGACAGCAGCGCAUUACAACGUUCCGCCAGCAUUGAUUCCUUCGCCGAGAUUGUGUGGAGCGACACGCCGCGACCCUCACUCGACAUACCACGCUCCUCCGUGGUGCCAUUCAGCAAACGUCCAUCGGCCAGCAGUUUGUUCUCCAACUGCAGUGCCACAUCGCAAACAACCCAAUUGAAUAUCAAUUACGGUGCCGGUGGCGAUUUGUGCAGCAGCGGCAGCAGUGCGGGUAAUAGUCGACGCGAAAGCCUCUUAAGUCCAUCGUCAACGCGUCGCAAUAAGCUGACCAGAAUUAUAAACGCAAGCGCUCGUAUCGCCUCCGUCGUAGCACUGGGCGAGCACAUGUGGUAUGAGGCUAUUAGAAUUAGACUGAAUUUUGCUGUGAAAUGUAAAACGCGAAAACAACCGCAAGAGCGUUCAUUUUCUGCUGCAGUCGGCACACACCAAGUGAGUAAUUCCCGACGGUGGAUUGAUAGCGGUGCGACUUCUCACAUGUGCGGUGAUCGCAAUUUGUUCGAGGCGUUCGAGGAACAGUCUGAAAGAAUAGCAUUAGCUUGCGACAAUUAUGUCAAUGCGCGCCAGAUCGGAGCGAGUGCGAAAAAAGACGUUAGAGCGCACACACGAUCCACAACAACACACAAGACAUAUCCACAACAAACACAUCGAUUUAACAUUGACGCUGCCGGUGGUGUUGAUGUUGGCGUAAGCGUUGCCGCUACUGCUGGUGGCAAUGCCGACAAAUGCGCGGCGGCCGGUGAUGAGAGUGUCUGGCUAGUAGAGACGUCGAGCAACUACUAUAAGAAAACCAAAAGCUAG